UUUGUAUAUAUGUAUGUAUCUCCAUGCGGGCAAGCUGGUAUACCUGAGUAGCAAAUAACGCAAAAGCUGACAAGGGAGAGAGACUACCUGUUGACGGCAAAAAGGCAUUGGCAAUGUUUGGCUUUAGAUAGAGUAUAAAUACGUGUUUAGCAUACAUCGUCCAUAUGUAAAUACAUUAGAGUCACCCACCCCCCAAAAAAAAAAACACACACACACGCGCAGGGACAACCUAUCCCACUCCGAUCCCUCUAGAACUCUUGGGCCACCUCGUGUGCAAAACGACAAGUGCUAAUUUACUUAUCACAAUUUUGAUUUGAUUAAAUUUUAUCUAAUUGCGGCGCACAUGGAAAGAGUACACAUACUUUCAAUUCCAAUUUCAAUUCCGCUCACCUUUUCCCGCUAUUUGGCAAAAUAAAAAAAUAACAACAAAUCCAUAAACGCAAAGCACAAAAAUUUUCCCCUCAGGUGCGAUAAGCAAGCAAAUGGAAGAACGUUCAAGAAAAUGCCAACCAAGUUUUAGUCUCUUGGGGAACCGCUUGACGAUCACAACAUAGUGAGAGAGAUAUAUAAGAAAUCGAACCGAAGAACAAUCGUCAAAAGAAAAACGUCCGACACGCGCCCUUCCCGGUUUAGCAACGUUUGACUUUCGAUUGGGGUGAAGCCCCCUUCCCUAACCGCUUGUCCGCCCCCCUCUCAUUCGUGCUGAUCGCCUGUCACUCAAAGCGUUCAAUUGAAUAUAAAACAAAACACAAAAAUAACUAACAAUAAGAGCAACGAAACCAAAUAACAACAAAACCAAAUAACAACAAAAAAAAAGGCACAGCGCGAAUUUUUGAUGUUUGUUUUUAUUUUCGAACGACGCCAAAAUGAAAAACCAAAACAGCCAGCAAUAACCAUAAUAAUAAUCGAGUUCUGUUUGCCUCGUUGUUCAGUUCCAUUUAGGCAGCGAUCGUUGUCGUGGCGUUUGUUGAAUUGCACCGCAGCGCCAGCGAAGCUUCGUAAUUAGUGAUAAAGCGCCCCUCACCAACAGAGGCGAGUGUUUAACUGAAAAACCAAAGAAACUCUAUAAGUAAAAGAGUUAAAAAUAUAUACACACACAACACAAACACACACCACACACACAACACACACCAGCAAAAUGAUAAAAACUAAAACCAGCGACGACAAACUUGACACGCUUCUCUCACGGAGUGUUGUGCCGAUUAUUGAUCUCGCACACUGUGGCAUAGAGGAGAUUCCAGUCAAGUCGGUGGUAAAUCGUGUCGGCCAUCAGCUGCACCGAGUGUUGGCUGAAAAGGGCAUGGCCCUGCUGGUCAAUCAUGGCAUAUCAGAUGAGAAGCUUAAGACUGCCUGGGAUCAUUUGGAUGAUUUUGUUGAUCUGCCACCGAAUGUAAAACAGCAUUAUAUACGUUCCGAGGGCAAUCAUCAUGGCUAUAAGAGUCGUGAGCUUAAUGGCAAUUUCAAGGGGAAAACACCAGAGCUACGUCACGCUUUUAAUAUUAGCACACUAAAUGCUCAGAAUCUGCCCGAGGAGCCGUUGCCCGGCUUUGCGGAUCACAUUAGCACACUGGCCAAUGAUUUUAAGGCAUUGGCCUGCUUUAUACUCCAGGCUCUGGCCGUCUCGCUGGACAUUUCGCCCACAUUCUUUCUGGAGAAGCAUUCACAUAUGCUGUCCGACGAUCAGGAAAAUAUGUCCACCCUGCGUAUGCUCUACUAUCCACCGGUAGUCGAUGAUGAACCCGGCCAGAAUAAUGUGAUCGAACGCCGGUGUCAGUACAGUUAUCAGCGUUGCCUGUCCAAUCAGCCAGACUUUCGGCCCGAGCAUGAUCCCCGCGAAGAAGAUGAGCUCAACGAGCUUGAUGGCACCAAUGGCCAGUUGUUUGAGCAUAAAAUUGGCAAUGGAGCUGUCAUUCGUUGUGGUGCCCAUGUGGAUUACGGCACUUUCACACUACUCGCCCAGGACUCUGAGGGCGGAUUAGAAAUGAAGCUGCCAGGCAGCGAGAAAUGGCAUCGUGUUGGCCAUCUGCCAGGAGCCAUACUACUCAAUUGUGGCGAAAUUUUGUCCAUUUGGACACAAGGACGCUAUCCCGCAUUGCAACAUCGGGUUGUGAUACCUGAACAGGAACACAUACGAGCCCGUGGUAGGCAUUCUAUUGCCUAUUUUUGUCAUCCGGACAAUAUAACCUCGAUAUCACCCAACGAUCUGCCCAAUCCAGAUGCCGUCAAGGAUACGGCUUGUUUAAAACAACGCAAGAAGUCCUUUAAAGCGGCGAAAGAAAGAGUCUACAAUGCAUGUCAGUUAAUAAGUAAAAAGUUUAGAGAUACGUAUAGCAACAAUAAUCACUCACAAUGACGCAAGGCCCCCGCCCCCGUCGCCGUCACCGCCACCACCGCCCCCGCCUUUGACGCACCUGGAGUCGUCGCCUCUGUGUAAUUACCCGCCCCAACCUCAACCUCAAGCAAUGACCAUCAUUAUUUUUUAAAAUUUAAGUUAAGGACGGUCAGCUCCGCAUCUCUAACCUGAGGAGAAAUCAUAUUCUUCCUUCGAAAAUGAAAGGCGGCGAGAGCAUUUUCAAUGUUUUCAACUUUUCAUUUUUAUUUUUAAUUAUUUUUUUAUUUUAUACGAUUGUAAUUGCUUCAUUUCUUUUUAAUUUUAAUGUGUAUUUCGAUUAUAUACAAUACAUGCAAAGUACACAUACACAAACACAUA